CUUGAUCUGUGAGACCCGCGUGGUUAGUUGUUCGUGGGAAGGUUAUGGCUGAUAUAAUAGAUUAAGAAUAGUGCGUUACGCGAAAAUAUGUAGUAACUUGACACGUGUGCAUGUAUACAAACGUGAAUCGUGGGAGUAGUAGAGAAUUGGACAACUGCAUAUAAAAUGUUCAUCGUUUAGGUUAAAACCUGGUGUACUAUGACAUGCAGUCCGUUUCGUUCCACUUCUUCAUACAAGCAGCCAGGCAUUUUGAAAAAUGGAGGAAACCAAUGGGCGUAUAAAUGAUACUUGCAGUUUUAGGUAGACGUGAUAAAAGCAGGUGUAUGAACUUUAUGUGAUUGUGUUUAGCAAGAAACGGAAAUGUGUUUUGAAGAACUAUGGGCAAGAUUUUAUUUGCAGCAGUGAACGCAGUUUGAAACAACAAAUACUAAUCCUUUCAGUGACUUUCAAUUUGUAAACCCAACUCAUGGAGACCAGUCAAUGGCAACUGGACCUGCGGUUUGCCAGAAAAUCCUCAGAACAAGACUGGAUACACCCACAUCUGUCAGAAUUUGAUAAUCCCGUCCUGCGAAGAGAACAGAAGACGUGUUGUUCAUGGCUGUGGAGGAGAUGUUGUCAAGAAAGAGAACUAAAGUCACGAACAAUUGUUAUUGGUCAUCCAAGUUCAGAGAAGUUCCCAGCAAAUGUAAUACGAAAUCAGAAAUAUAAUCUUAUAACAUUUUUACCAUUGGUACUAUUUCAGCAGUUCAAGUUUUUCUUGAACUUGUAUUUUCUUGUGAUGGCAACAAGUCAGUUCAUACCAGAUAUCAGGAUUGGAUAUUUGUACACAUAUUGGGGUCCUUUGACUUUUGUAUUAACAGUAACAAUAUUUCGUGAGGCUGUUGAUGAUAUCCGUCGACAUCAAAGAGACAAGGAAGUAAACAGUCAGAAAUACAGACGUGUGGUGAGGGGAAGAGAUACACCUGAACUUAUACCAUCUUCAAAGCUUCGUGUUGGGGAUUUGGUGGUAGUGGAGAAGGAUCAGCGUGUUCCAGCAGAUUUAGUCCUCUUGAGGACAACAGAGCGAUCAGGAGCAUGCUUUGUUAGGACAGAUCAGUUAGAUGGUGAAACAGAUUGGAAGCUUCGACUUGCUGUUCCAGCGACACAGAAACUGGAGUCAGAUCUGCAGCUUUUUGACAUCAAAGCAUCUCUCUUUGUUGAGAAACCACAACGAGACAUACACAGUUUCAUAGGGACGUUUACUAGGCAUGAUGGAUAUGGAAGUGAAGAUAGUUUGGAUGUUGAGAACACACUUUGGGCAAAUUGUGUUGUUGCAUCUGGGGCAGCAUUGGGUGUGGUGGUAUAUACUGGCUCUGAGACAAGGAGCGUAAUGAACAAUUCACAGCCGCGCAGUAAAGUGGGACUGCUUGACAUGGAAAUAAAUCAGCUGACUAAGGUAUUAUUUGGUGCUGUUCUGGGAUUGGCCAUGGUUAUGAUGUGCCUCAAAGGAUUUAAUGGUCCGUGGUACAGAUACAUGUUUCGAUUUGUGCUGCUAUUCUCUUACAUUAUACCUAUCAGUUUACGGGUGAACUUAGAUAUGGGGAAAGCAUUUUACUCAUGGUCUAUUCAGCGUGAUGAAGAUAUUUCUGGAACUGUUGUACGUUCUACAACAAUUCCUGAAGAAUUGGGCCGCAUUUCAUACCUUUUAAGUGAUAAAACAGGCACUCUAACUCAGAAUGAGAUGGUGUUUAAGAAGCUACAUCUUGGGACUGUUUCAUAUGGAACGGAGACAUUUGAUGAGGUUUCUUCCCAUUUAAGCACAGCAUAUGCCCAGCUCACCAAGCAGUUAAGCUUGGAUGGUGGUGGAAGUUCUUCCCCAGUUCCUCGUCAUGUUGUUGCGCUGCCAUCAAGUAGUGGAUCCAAAGUUCGACGAUCUGAGGUAACACGCGUUCAGGAGGCUGUGAAGGCAAUUGCAUUAUGUCACAAUGUAACACCAGUGUAUGAAGAAUCUAGUCACCAAGAAUCCAGAGAGGAGGGCCAAGUACGUGGUGACUGUGAUGAAAGCCCUGUAUCAAUAGAAAGCCGAACAGAAGCAGAUCAACAUUACUGGAAGCCUAGAAAGGAAACAUGUGUUUACCAAGCAUCUAGUCCAGAUGAAGUGGCUUUGGUAAAGUGGACAGAAGAAGUUGGUUUAGCUUUGGUGAGACGAGAUCUAUCCAGUAUGCAGCUACGAACACCAAAUGGUAUGACUCACUCGUACACCAUCAUGCAAGUCUUCCCAUUCACUUCAGAGACCAAACGUAUGGGCAUUAUACUCAAGGAAGAGCAUACGGGUGAAAUUGUCUUCUACCUCAAGGGUGCUGAUGUAGUCAUGUCUGGUAUUGUUCAGUACAAUGAUUGGUUAGAAGAAGAGUGUGGUAAUAUGGCAAGAGAAGGUCUCAGAACUCUUGUUGUUGCAAAGAAGACCCUUACUGAAGAUCAAUACAUGGAUUUUGAGACACGAUACAAUGCUGCAAGGAUGUCAGUGUCAGACCGUGUUGCAUGUGUUGCUGCUGUUGUUGAGAGUUUGGAGCGAGAAAUGGAGCUCUUGUGUGUGACUGGAGUAGAAGAUAGAUUACAAGACAGAGUACGUCCCACCUUAGAAUUACUGCGUAAUGCUGGAAUCAAGAUUUGGAUGUUAACAGGCGAUAAACUUGAGACAGCAACUUGCAUUGCCAAGAGCUCUCGCCUAGUGUCUAGGACACAGGGUCUUCAUGUGUUCAAAUCUGUGGUCACACGUACUGAUGCCCAUCUAGAACUAAAUACAUUCCGUAAGAAACAGGACUGUGCACUUGUCAUUAAUGGAGAUUCAUUAGAGGUGUGUCUUCAGUAUUACCAACAUGAAUUUUUGGAGCUAGCCUGUGGUUGUCCAGCAGUAGUAUGUUGUCGCUGUUCACCCACACAGAAAGCCGAGGUGGUGCGUCUUAUUCAGACACACACUGGUAGACGCACAGCUGCAGUAGGGGAUGGAGGCAAUGAUGUCAGCAUGAUCCAGGCUGCUGAUGCAGGUAUUGGCAUUGCAGGACGAGAAGGUCUGCAGGCGUCAUUAGCUGCAGAUUUCUCUAUCCCACAAUUCAGUCAUCUUGCCAGACUCCUUUUGGUCCAUGGACGUAGGAGUUACAAACGAUCAGCAUCUCUUAGUCAAUUUGUGAUUCAUCGUGGCCUCAUCAUCUCAACAAUGCAGGCCGUCUUUUCAUCUGUAUUUUAUUUCUCAUCUGUUGCACUUUAUCAAGGAUUUCUUAUGGUUGGGUAUGCAACUCUCUACACAAUGUUCCCAGUAUUUUCACUUGUUCUUGAUAAGGAUGUGUCAGGUAAAAUUGCUCUUACCUACCCUGAACUCUACAAGGAGUUGAGCAAAGGACGCUCUCUCUCCUUCAAGACAUUUUUCAUAUGGGUUCUAAUCAGCAUUUAUCAAGGUGGUGUGAUCAUGUAUGGAGCUCUGGUAAUGUUUGAAGAUGAAUUCAUUCACAUUGUGGCUAUCAGCUUCACAUCUCUAGUCCUGACGGAACUAAUAAUGGUAGCACUCACGGUUCGAACAUGGCACUAUAUAAUGGUUUUAGCUGAACUGCUCAGCCUUGGUCUGUACAUCCUUUCACUUGUUGUGCUGAAGGACUACUUUGAUGCUGAAUUUAUUCAGACCACAGAUUUUCUGUGGAAGGUUCUUGUGAUAACUCUAGUCAGCUGUCUACCACUUUAUAUUCUGAAAUUUUUGAGGAAGAAAUUCUCACCACCAAGCUACUCAAAACUUUCGUGAACAUAUUACCAGAAAAAAUGUUCUUCAAUGCAUUCAAGAAAAAUUAUUAUUUGUAAAUUUUCUAUAAAGAAGAGGAACUCUUUUAAUUUUAACAGUGUGAAUUUGUGUUCACAAUCUUGUGUGUGUGUGUGUGAACACAUAUUUUGUAAGUCAUUGAGAAAUUACAAAAUUCCCAUGUACUUUGGUUUUAUAAUAACUGCUUACUAGUUUUACAAUCUGCAAGACAGAUACAGUUUCCAUAACUCAGAAUAGUAGACUGGACAUGUUAAAAAAUCCAGUCAUUGUAAUAUACAAUUAGCAGAACCCUUUAGAGCUGAUACAAAAGUUUUGUUCCAAGUAAGACAUAACAACUUCCACAUUUUUGGGGCACAAGGCUGAACUGUUGUUACUGGUUGCAAGACAGUUUCCUAGAAGUGCUUCAUAAUUUGGACAUUAAAUUUAGUCAUAACCCAAUAGGUUUUUAAUUAAUUGGCAUAUGGAUAAUAAAUGGGACAUCUAACAUUCCAACAUUUUUAUUUGCAGUUUAUUGUAGCUUUUUAUCAGUUUCACAUCUCAACUUAAAAAUACAAAUUGUACAUACUUAAUUUGCCAUUUUGCACCCUUAAUCAAAGUAUUUGAUCUGUAUAUAAUCUCAAAGACUGAAAUAAAAUGCAAGCUCUUUAUCAUUUAA